GGGACUAUGAGUGUGAGCAGCCAAGGGGGCUUCCUGGUUGAUCUGGGUGGCAGCUUCAAUGAGGAUGCCCCUAGACCUCCAGUCCCAGGGGAAGAGGGCGAACUGGUGCUCACUGAGUUUCAUAACGCUGGCUUCCAGUCAUGCAAAAGCCUCAAAUGCGAGGCAUCUGUUGCCACGCCCAGGCGGCCCGACCUGGAUUUGGGCUACGAGCCAGAGGGCAGCGCCUCGCCGACGCCGCCUUACCUGAGAUGGGCGGAGUCGCUUCACUCUCUGCUGGACGACCAGGAAGGCAUCCAUCUGUUCAGGACGUUCCUAAAGCAGGAAUCGUGUGCCGACCUGCUGGACUUCUGGUUUGCGUGCAGCGGCUUUCGCAAACUGGAAGCCUGCGAGGGCAAUGACGAGAAGCGACUAAAAUUGGCGAAAGCCAUCUAUAAGAAGUACAUCCUGGAUAACAACGGUAUUGUUUCCAGGCAGAUCAAACCGGCGACCAAGUCUUACAUAAAAGAUUCUGUGAUGAAGCUACAUAUAGAUCCGGCCAUGUUCGACCAGGCUCAGACUGAGAUCCAGGCCACCAUGGAGGAAAACACCUACCCUUUAUUUCUUAAAUCGGAUAUAUAUUUGGAACAUGCGCAGGCAGGGGGAGAGAGUCCCCAGAUCUAUGCCGAUCAAAGUCCACUCUCUGGAACCACAAAGAAUCUGGCGGGUUAUUUGCCGACGUUAAACGAGCACGAGGAGUGGAAGUGCGAGCAGGAACCGGAAGAACCAUCCGAAUGUGACCUCACACCCAGCAGCAGGCUCACGCAGAGGCUGCUUACCGAAACGCCAUCGCAUCGCACUGCAGGAAGAUUCCAUGAAGAGUACAGACAUGCACCCGGUCGGGAUCCCGCCGACCGCUACUAUGCCAAUGCAGGUCAUGCAUUGGCUCCAGCCACCAGUGCUAACGAUAGUGAGCAGCAAAGCAUGUCCAGCGACGCUGACACGCUUUCACUCACAGACAGUAGCGUAGAUGGCAUCCCACCCUACAGAUACCACAAACCUCAUCGGCGGGAGAUGCAGGAGAGCGCACGAGCAAACGGGCGUGUGCCGCUGCCUCUCAUCCCUCGCACCAACAGGAUUCCGAAAGACAUCCACGUGGCACCAGAACGCUUUGCCGCCGACCUGAUCCUCCGCCUGGAGGGUGUCCUCAGAGAGAGGGAGACCGAGGAGCGACUCAGGAGGUUGCGACUGGAAGAAGACGCCGACUGUGUUCAUCCACAGAAUUACACCGACUACUACGGCGCCUUCCUGAGAGACGCCCACGAGGAGAACCCAGAGAGCAUCCUGGACGAACACGUCCAGCGUGUCAUGAAAACUCCAGGCUGCCAAUCACCCGGAACUGGCCGUCACUCACCCAAGUCCCGCUCACCUGACACUUUUAAAGGGACGGCGGGUUCCUGGGGAGCUCAGGGUAAACAUCCGUCCAAGCACACCAUCAAGGCAGAGUCGGGUCACCACUACAAGCAUCACACUUACCAAGCGGAGUCACUUUGGGGUGCGGGAUCCUCAAACAUAGACUGUGCAACCUAUGGCAACAAAGGUGGCGCGCAGUGUAGGCGGGCGUUCAAACGUGGAGAGGAAGCAACAGCUCCUCCGGAGGACAUGGAGAAGAAGCAGAAGAUCCUCCUGUGGCUCAUGGAAGGACAGAAGGAGAUGAUCCGACACAAAAAGAGCCCGUACGGUAGCACCGCAGGCUCCAGGAAGGGCCAGGGCCAACCCAGCUCCUCUUGGGACACUGUCCAGCCAUCGCAUCCUUUCAUCCAAGACCCCACCAUGCCGCCCAACCCGGCCCCGAGUCCGCUCAUCCAGCUGGAGGAGGUCCGACGGAGGCUGGCGGAGGAGAAGAUGAUCAAGUCCGGAACAGUGCAGCCCAAGCAGCGGUAUGUGAUGGAGGUGAUCCAACGGGGUCGCACCGCACUCAGGCCUCCUCUGUUCCCGCCGCUCAAUGUGGUGCCCGCCGUGUCAGACUGCGAGCUCUCCGAGCCCGAGCAUAAAGUGGCUAAAAAGCAAGCAAGUGACAGCAUGACAGUGGCGUACUACUUCUGCGGGGAACCCAUACCCUACAGGACUUCCGUCAAGGGGCGGCUGGUGACACUUGGCCAGUUUAAAGAGCUGCUGACCAAGAAGGGAAACUACAGGUAUUAUUUCAAGAAGGUGAGCGACGAGUUUGACUGCGGGGUCGUGUUCGAGGAGGUGCGUGAGGACGAUGCCACACUGCCGAUCUUCGAGGAGAAGAUCAUCGGCAAAGUGGAAAAGAUUGACUGA